AUGGUCGGGGGAGUGGAUCCUCCGUACGAACGCUUUGAGGAUGAGGUGCCAAGCUCCGAUCCCAAACAAUCAUAUCAUGACGGCACUAAUCCCACGAGUACAGGUGAUGAAAUAACGGCUCACAUUACUCCUCCUGCUGAAUCCAGCUAUCUCUUAUUUUUUCAGGUAGUGUUCCCGUUCUCGAUCGCUGGCAUGGGAAUGGUCUUUGCUGGAGUUGUACUUGAUAUUGUGCAACACUGGAAAUUGUUUAAAGAAGUUCCUGAAAUAUUCAUCCUUGUACCAGCACUUUUGGGCCUUAAAGGAAACUUGGAAAUGACUUUGGCUAGUAGACUUUCUACAUUGGCUAACUUGGGCCACUUAGACAGCUCAACUCAGCGACGUGAAGUGGUUUUGUCGAAUUUAGCGCUAAUACAAGUGCAAGCAACUGUUAUUGCUUUCCUUGCAUCGGCAUUCGCGAUGGCUUUGGCUUGGAUUCCACGUGGACAGCUAGACUGGUCCCACGCUGCCCUGCUUUGUGCAUCUUCAUUGGCGACGGCGUGUUGUGCAUCACUAAUACUCAGUGUGCUUAUGGCCUUCGUCGUAAUUUUCUCCAGGAAAUAUAAUAUUAAUCCCGAUAACGUGGCCACCCCCAUCGCUGCAUCCUUAGGUGAUCUUACUACACUAGCGGUUUUAUCCAUGUUCGGAAGUGUAUUUCUUGACGCUCAUCUCACAGAAUCAUGGUUAAAUGUUACGAUUAUAAUUGUUCUUCUACUAAUUGCACCCAUAUGGAUCCGACUGGCACUUCGCGAUGAUGGAGCGAAAGAGGUUCUUACCGAAGGUUGGUCUCCUAUUAUCUUCUCUAUGUUAAUGAGCAGUGGAGGUGGCUUUAUCUUGGAAAACGCCGUUCGACAAUAUCCAAAUGUGGCAAUAUUUCAACCUGUGAUUAAUGGAGUCGGUGGAAAUCUAGCCGCUGUGCAGGCUAGCCGACUUUCGACGUAUUUCCACCAAAGUGCUACACUAGGAGAGCUGCCUGAUGGAUGGACCUUCCAACGUUUCCAUAGUUUCAGACGAGCUUUCUUCAGCAAAGAUACCGAUUCGCGGUCCGCUCGUGUUCUACUUUUCCUCGUUGUCCCUGGACACAUAGCAUUCAAUUGGUUCAUACGUGUUUUUCACUUUGGGUCAAUCAUUCCUCCUCACGGUGCUUUAUUCACCAGUCUAUACCUCAUUGCGGCUUUAACACAGGUCGUGAUACUAUUGUACAUCUGUCAAUAUAUGGUUGCGGUGAUGUGGACGUGGCGAAUCAACCCAGACAAUGCUGCUAUCCCUUACCUGACAGCGCUAGGAGAUGUGUUGGGCACUCUACUUCUAUUUCUGUUGUUUUUGUUCCUUGAUAAAAUCGAUUCUAAGGAAAUAUUAGUUAACUGA